GAGGUCAUCGCUUUUAGUUUUUCUUUUACGUUGAAUAUCUCGUCAUUCUUUUGGUCUUCCUUUUCUGUCUCUCUUUCUCUUUCUUUUCUCGUUAUUAAGAAGGAGCUAGAAAGAAAGAAUAAGGAGCCACACUCUUUUCCUAUUUAUCCACUUUUCUUUCUUAUCAGGUGCUUUAUUACGCAUCACCUUAUCUACAGCGCAGACCGUAAAUCUACGUUAAAUUCCUCAUUGCGUUCUCGUCAUCUUUGCCCGAUUUCGACUAUUUCACAAUAAUUUGUGGGUGGGAGCUUUUUCAACGUACGCUAAAAAGAUCACCGGUUGUUUCCCUAUAAGACGAGAGUGCGGCGUUUCCUUUUCUUUCGUUUUGUCUUUUUUUUUUUGUUAUGCAACGCAGCCAAGUCACCUAGCAAACCGUUGGAAGAGAAUAAACCAGAAACUAUAAUAACCCAAAAGAGGCAGUAUUGAAAGCAAAAAUGCAACCACGUUCCUAUCAACCGUCACCUGCCACAUCCAGUGGAACGACUCUCCCCUCCCACAGCUCACGCAACUCGAAAUUGGAUCAUAUCAUACAGAACUUUUACACCAAAACUGCGCAGAUAAUUAUUCAGGCACGCUACACCUCUGAACUUGACCCAUUGAAUCGAAGGGAUCGUACGAAAAAGGAUUCGCAACGAGGGCCGAGCAAGGAAGGAUCAUCAUCGACGUCCUCCCGAAAACUGAAUAAAUGGUUCAAUAUUGCUACUGAGGAUAUGGAGAUGCUGCGGGAAGAUUUGAAGUACUGGCGAUCUUUAGCGAUCCACGCCGCGGAAGAGGAACCGCCACCCAUGAUGAUCGACAUUUAUUUGGAUGUAUCCGAGCUCAAGCCAAACCAGGCCUUGAUUGUGAUCGAUGACAAUUUACGGAGAAACAGAGUGGAAUUGGGUAAAAAUCAGAUCAACAACACUCAGAGCGUGGAACGGAUCUUGAUUGAAACUUGGGAAUUGUCGUUAAGGCAUCCACUUCCUACAUUUGCGGUGGAUUUGCCGAAUCUUUACAAACGAUCGAUCAUCUUCUUUCGAUCUCUUCACUCUCUGGUUCGAUUGCUACCUACGUAUAACCUGCGGCGAAGAUUGCGUAAAUUCAACGAUUAUGCUGGCUUCUCUAUCGGUUAUCGCUUAGCAUCAGCACCCGUACGACGGAAUGACGAAAUUUCCCUCAAUGUGCCUAUUAUGGACGGCGAUGCACGUAACCCAACGAAAACAUACGAGUUCACCGAUAUUCUCACACCGCUAGGAAUGUUUAAGCUUCAAGUGCAAUAUCGGAAAAACUGCGAGUUCAGAGUGGAUGAUGCUGAGCAGGAUCUGAGUGCGCGAUUUAUCGACAUGGAUGAACACUAUUUUACCCCCACCAUGGCGAAAUACCAGCAAGAGCAGCGAGGAAUAAAAUCACCACGGCGUCCUUUAUCAUUCCACGAAGAUAGACGGACGAGAGCGACAAAAGAGACACAAGAAAGUACCGGCGUAUCCCCGCCAAUGUCCGGUCCUCCAACAUCGGUUGGCGAUUUUGUAAACCCGCGUGAGAUUGUGCAACAAAGGCAACGGCAUUCUAGCGCUGUGCCGUAUGCGACCGUCUCUUCAACUACCACCAGGGACCAUCGAGUCUCGUCUGAUACAAGUUCCAAUGAGAUGUUGUCUCGACGCGCGUCCCUUCCCUAUGUCUCACCAUUCAAAUCUCCCUCGUUAUCCUCGUCUCCACAAGCCGAUGUUUUUUUACCUUCAUCUUCCCGAAUGCAAGCUUCGUCAUCAAAGUAUCAAUUGCCGGAAAGCGGAUCUUUCGGCCGCAAAAUUGAAUUUUCCUCGAGUUUUGAUAAGUAUCGAGAACGCAACAGUCCCAACCGAGACGAUGCAGGCGGGACCAGCAUGAUGCGACGAUGGUCACGAACAAGUGAUCGCAGCUCAAUCCAUUUAUUUGAUGAGUCCGAGGACACUGAUUUGGAAGAAUUUGUGCGAUGGGUGGGUUCAAGGCAUGAUCUGAAGAUGUUCCACAGUCGGUCGACCACCAGCCAGAUGAUGGAGAGUGGUAAUCUUUCACCUACUUCCGAUGGCAGUGGCAGUAUGGAAGCUAGUACCUUUGGCAACUCCCUCUAUCGAUCCAAGAAAGCUUUAUCUCAUUUCCAAAAUCUUCGCGAAAUGCAUAAUUCGCUCUCUGAAUCGCUUUCCUCCAGUAUUAUGGGCACAGUUCAAGAUCGAAACGACGCUUCGGCUGCAAACACGGGAAUUUCUCCUGGAUCCUCCUCCUCAUCGACAGGAAGGUCCUAUCAGCCCAUCAUUCCAUCGCCUCUGCAUGCUGAACAAACCUCCGCUUCUCCUGUAACGAUACCCCGCAGUUAUCCUCAGAAUCUGGUCCAGCAUCGUCGUCAUCGGUCCACCCAAAACGAUGAGAAGGAACCAGUGGUUCAAACGAGUCCUGAAAUGACGGCAUUUUCAAGUUAUCCACAGGAUACUCGACAUGAUGAAUUACGGCGCCUUUGUCUCACGAAUAAGGACACCGAACAAGACACUUCAAGGAAGGCGUCCUCAGCUCCGUACGUACUAUCGGACGCAUUUCAUUCUUCCUCCUCCAAACCUACCUCGUUGGGCAACCGGCGCAUAGAGAGAGAUGAAAGUAUGACCAGUAUUUCGGAAGUGAGUGGUGCUGCCGAAAAAAGUAGCAUUACUGCGAGUGGGCAAGAUGGGCGAACGAGCAUGUUGGACGACGACGAUUCACUUGUAUUCAAGAUGAGUGAGUUGGACAAUGUCAGUGGUACGGCGCCUUGGAGUCAUCAGGAAACAACGAGUCCCAUGCUAUUCCGUACCUCGCCUGGCGAACUUUAUCACACCACUCUUAAUUAUACAACAGCCAAAUCGUCGGAAACGGGCGUUACAUCUUCGGGUUUGCGACGUCGAAGCAGCAGCAGCGGUCACAUCUCUCGAAUUAAUACCAUGGCGGCUCUCAUGGACAACGGUGUCCCUUCAACCGAUGAAAAGGACGAAAUCAGUAGCGCCAACAGCAGCAAAAGCGACCCUGCAUCUUCUCAUCGGCGCUAUGCAAACGAUGCGGCCUUGUCAACGAAACCAGACCGCUUUUUCCACGGAUGGUAAUGUUCUUUGGUUAUUGUCCUUUUCUCCUCCCUCAACUUCCUAUUUUGUUCCUCUGAAAUUAUCCUGUAAAGUCUUAUAUUUUCUGUUCUUCUAUCAACUUCAAAUAAUGUGAAAUAUAUGGAUACUUGAAAUAGAGGGAUAUCAUGAUAUCCCCUGUA